AUGACCUCUCUCUACCCGGUGCCUUUAGAUGAUGCUCAGAGCACAAUUCCAUCAACAUGGGCUUUGAAGUAUACUGAUUCUGUUGCUCAUUUUGCCCAACAACUUUGGGCAGUGGAGCUUGGGAUUGAGGGUGCCCCUCGUCCUAUGCGUGACCCGGCAGUCAUAGAUAUCGGAGUCGAAGACGAAGUUCGCCAUUUAGUCCGCGGCUUUGGAAGAGCUUUACGCAACCAAUACAAACUGAGCUGGAGUUGUAAAGCUUACAAUGCAUCGGUUGGAGGCCAAGAUGGCGACAAUCCGGCCCUGGAGAAGGCACUUAGCGAGCUGUACCCUGGACUUGAUAAUGUCAUAGAGUCGGGACCAGCUUCCAUUGUAGACAAAAGAGGAGUGUUGGUGUUAUUCCUGGCCGAAAUUUUCCUGAGCAUGUCUCUCAUUAAUCCCACAUUGCAGAAGGCGAAAAACCGGCCACAAACCCGCGGUACCUGGAGACAAGCCGUGGGCAACUUUGAGGAGGGAGGCUUUCUGGAACCUGGAUUAGCUACCUUGGGCAUUAGACAGUCCCAGGGACAUGAGAAGCCCAAGGAAGAAAUUCAUGUGACUGCCGACCUCGGCCGCUCCGGCAGCUCUCCGGCAGCCGCCCAAGCCUCGGCACGUAGUUGGCUGGAUAACUCGCUCGUCUUCGGCGCCUUGAUGUCGGCGGCUCUGGCCAUCACGCAUCCUGAGCAAUAUGCACUCGCGCGGGAGUGUCUUGUUCGCCUCUCACGAGAGUGUCCCACUCUGGAGGAUAUCCUCGAAAUAUGGCCUUUCGCAUUCAAUGCCCUCGCGAUCGUCUCCAACCGAGCGACCCCUACCCAUCGCGAUCGCAAUAGCGGUGAUGUCGACGACUAUGACGGCAUGUGUACCAUUGGUGGAGAUGAUCGGGUGGUCAUCGAGUUCCCCGGUCUAGGCUUACGCGCGAGAUAUCAAUCCGGAACCAUGGUAUGGACGUCGUGCUAUAUGCACUUGCACUCGGUCUCAGAGUCCCCCGACGCGGAGAGGGUAGCCUUUGCGGCUUAUGUCAAGCAGUCCGUGCAUUUGGAGACAGGGCUGGAGGCACCCAGGGCCCCGACAUUAGCAGUUAUACAAGACUCCCUAGUCCGCCAGAUGCGGAGUAAGUGA